UAUGUAUGUAUGUAUGUAUGUAUGUAUGUAUGUAUGUAUGUAUGUAUGUAUGUAUGUAUGUAUGUACACAUUACCUAUGUAAUUUGCUCAUAAAUACUUUUGUUUCUUUUUGUGAUACAAGAAGAAUGGGGUUACAUGACAACGGCCUGCAGGGGUAUUAGAUUUUAGGAAUGUUCAAUUAUUUCAGGAAUGUUUAAUUAUUUUCGGCGGCUACUAAGUUUAACAGUAAUAUAGUAUUUUAGAAUUUGUAGAUUAAAUAUAUCCUUGAAAACGCAUGUUUCUGUUUGCUAACAGCGCGGAACGCAACAUUUUAAGAGUACAUCUAUGUAUAUUAUAUUAUCAUGCAUUCCUCAUAUUUCAUAAAAUUAGUAAUUUAAGACUUUUGUUUGUACUCAUUGUAACCAUAUUGAAAUCGCUACACAUAUUUAACACAUUAAGAAAAUAUACUGCUUUUUCUAUUUAAAUAGUAAUAAUUAGAUAUAAAUUUUGAUUGAUUAGAAUUUUCUAAUUUUAAGAUUUAUUUUUACUGGAAACGCUUUUGUUAAUGCAAGAAAAGUAAGAUAAUGUUUUAUUAAUGAAAAAGAGAAUUUACAUGAUUGUAAUAUGGUUGCAUUGAGAAAACGGGAGACAGAUGUAUUAUUAAAUAGAGGCUGAAAAUAACUGCUGUUAUUGUGACUUCUAAUGUAAAUUCGUGCAUAUGAAAUACGUGUAUGAUAUAAUUGUAUGAUGCUUCUAUAUGUACAAUUUUUCAUAUAGAAGCUAUUGCCAACAGCAGUAUAAUAGCUUUUUAAUAUUUCAUCCAUAUAUAUUUUUUACUUAUGUGAUAAAUAACUUAAUCUUGUUGGGGCAUUAACAAAUACUGAUUAUUAGUAACUUGUUAAUGGUGCCUGAUUGUUGGUGUUUAUUACUUUAUAUACUUCCAAAAAUUAUGUAAUGAUAAAACUCUCUCGCAUGCUAAUGACCAAUACACCGACUAGUUUGAAAGUCGGAUUAAUUUGCAGACGAUUGAGAAAAGAAUAGUAUGAAUAAAAAAAAGUCAAUAUUUCAGUAAGAUGUACUUUUAUUAUCACUUUUGUUAUUAUGAUGUACAGUGUUGUGAUUUCCUUCCCUUUUUCCUAAAUAAAAUUUUCAAGAAAAUAUGAACUAGGCCAAAAAUAUUAAAUAUUCUAAGUAUCUAUACUUUUCUCUGAGAUUUAUCUAGGAAUUUUUUAUUUGUAUUAUUUAAUUUUAUUGGUAUUAUACAAUACAUAAUCAUCAUUAUACUUUUGACCAAAGCAGUUGCAGCCUGCAGGUUGCAGGUCUCGAUAUUCUUUUGCACGCCCCUGAUAACCCUGAUUUCGAGUACGCUCUCUACGGAACGGACUCUACGCUCUACGGUGUCUACUACUCUCGCAAAUUGUGUAAUUUCACUGUUCACGUGGACUAAUGGGUGCCAAGACUAUCGAGUGAUGCCGAGUAUGUAAAUGUAAUUACAUGCGUUCGACGCACUCAAAAAAGUUGCGAUAUUUCCAUUUUUUCAAGAAUUUCGAAACGUAUCUGCGAAAAUUAACAUUAAUUCUACUUUCAUUUAAUUUGUCUGAUGAAAUCUGUGUAGUUCUCAUUAGUUGAUAAUAGGUUAUGUUAGAUUAAUUAGAAAAACCUACAAAUCGGUUGAGAAAUUCGAUUCUGAUUGACAAUCUGUAAUUAUGGCAGUAUCUGUUUAUAUCCGUUCACACCUUCAACGUUUGAUCGGCGCGAGUAACAACAUUACUGCUUUAUUUUCGGAUACUACGCGACAUUCGAAUUAUAUUAAAUCACGAUGUUAUACAACAUCUAUUGAGGAAAUCAAAGAUGUAGUCCAGAAUAGUACAAAGAAAUCAGAAAAAAAAAUAAGUCGAGCUAUGUUGAUGUAUUUACAACGUACAAAAGAACAUGAUGAAUUCAUGAAGAAAGAGAUUGUAGAAUAUGAAAUAGGAAAAAGACAUUUGGCUAACAUGAUGGGUGAAGAUCCGGAAUGUUUUACACAAGCAGAUAUAGAUAGAUCAAUCCAGUAUCUAUUUCCAUCAGGACUGUUUGAGCCUAAAGCUCGACCAAUAAUGGAACAUCCAGAAAAGAUUUUUCCAAAUAGGAAAGCAGCAGAAUUUGAUGAAUCUGGAAGACCCUUCCACUUUAUGUUUUACACCUCAAAACCGAAUUAUUAUGAAAUACUAUAUCAUAUUGUGAAUAAAAUUAAAUUUUUGAAUGGCAUUGAAGAUUCAUUGAUAAGACAAGGAACAUUACCUAUGGAUAAAAUGUAUGUCAAAUACAUAUUUAAUUUACAUAGAAUAUGUUGAUUUGACAGGUUCCACAUGGUUGCAAAAGGAUGACCUCGAAAACCAAA